CGCGGGCCCGCAGUCGAAGGCGAAAUUUUCCCAUUUAGCCCUCUCGAGGCUCGUCGAACUGUCCACCUUUUGACUACUGGCAACUUUCGAACGACAAACUUCGAGCGUGCGCACUAGGCACGAUUGUAGACACGAACUCGAAACUAAGACGUCUGCUGCGACGUGAAGCAGUGUUUGGGCAUCUUUGCGUAAAAAAGAGAAUAAUUUGUUCAACCGCUAGACAAGCAGAAACUGAUCAACAUGUUAUUCAAUUUUUUCUCGUCCUUCAUGGAGCGACUGGCACCAGUUGUCAAAGCCGAGGAGGAGGAAGAGGCUGAGCUGGUCGACCCGCAGAAAAUCUUGCGCGAAAAGUGCCAGGCGACGUCCAAGUGCGUAGCUCUGCAGGACAAGCUGAACACGUGCAACGACCGCGUCAAUUCGCGCACCAAGACGGAGGAGACCUGCCUCGAGGAGGUCAUCGAUUUCGUCAGCUGCGUCGACCACUGUGCUGCUAAGACACUCUUCCAUCAUCUCAAGUAACUGGUUGCUCACGAAUGAUGUGUAAAAUUUAUUAAAAUUAAAUUCUAUUAUUAGUUAAAAAAAAAACUCUUUACUAUUUUUGUUGUUUUGAACCUUUAUGUAUAUAAACAAAGACAAAAAAAAUAGGCACUCUGAGUCAUUAUAGAGAUAAAAAUUGAAAGUCCAGACUUGGUUGUAAACCUGAUAUACUCAAUGAGUAAUGAGUGAGCCAUGUUCAUCGGUGCUUUCAGUCAAUAAUCAUGAUAGAAGAAGUUAAUAAAGAUAUGUUGAACCAAU